GGAAAAGGAAAUACAACAUAACCAACGUGAGAGAAAAUUGGAGAAGAUCCGAAUUCGUAAGUAGGUGAAACGAGUAUAUCAGCAACGGCAAACUUUUCAAAUUCAUUCUUAUUGAACCAUCUACUUUUCUAUUUAUUAUAAUACAUUUUUUUAUUACUUUAUUGAAUAUUAAACUAUUAUUAUUUGAAACCCGGUACCCACCAUUAUUUAAACAACUUAUCAGUAAUUAAAGGAUAUAGAGCUUGAGCGUGGGUUUCUUUCUAGUUCUAGCUAGUGAAUUGAAAUGGGAAAGUUUUGGCUUAUUGGGAUUUUCAUUGUUGCAACCUAUGCCUGUAAUUUUCUAGGAACAAGGGUAGUAGUAGAAGGGUACCCAAUUGAGGAUCUGAUUGUUAGUCUACCAGGACAACCUAAAGUUAAAUUCAGUCAAUAUGCUGGCUAUAUUGAUAUUGAUGUAAAACAUGGUAGAAGUCUUUUCUAUUAUUUUGUUGAGGCUGACCAUCAACCUCAUCAAAAACCACUCACCCUUUGGCUUAAUGGAGGUCCUGGAUGUUCAUCCAUUGGAGGAGGUGCCUUUACUGAAUUGGGUCCGUUUUUUCCUAAUGGUGAUGGACGCGGUCUACGAAAGAAUUCAAUGUCUUGGAAUAGAGCUUCGAAUCUCCUCUUUGUCGAGUCUCCUGCUGGAGUUGGUUGGUCAUACUCAAAUACAGCUUCUGAUUAUAACAUCGGUGACGCCUCCACAGCCAAUGAUAUGCUGUUGUUCUUCCUGAAAUGGUAUGAGAAGUUUCCUACCUACAGAUCAAGAGAGUUGUUUCUUACCGGAGAAAGCUAUGCAGGACAUUACAUACCUCAGUUGGCUAAUGCUAUUCUUGAUUAUAAUGCUCAUUCAACCGGUUACAAAUUCAAAUUGAAAGGAGUUGCUAUUGGAAACCCACUUUUGAAUCUCGAUCGUGAUGCACAAGCAACAUAUGACUACUUCUGGUCACACGGAAUGAUUUCGGAUGAAAUUGGCCUUGCCAUUACGAAGGAUUGCGAUUUCGAUGAUUAUACUUUUACAAAUCCUCAUAAUGUAUCUGAAUCAUGCUACAAUGCAACCAGCGAUGCUUAUAAAAUUGUUGGAGAUUAUAUAAACAACUACGAUGUGAUUCUCGAUGUUUGUUAUCCAUCUAUUGUUGAACAAGAAUUGAGAUUGAAAAAGAUGGCUACUAAAAUAAGUGUAGGGGUAGAUGUCUGUAUGAGUUAUGAAAGACGUUUUUACUUUAACCUUCCGGAGGUUCAAAAGGCUCUUCAUGCAAACCGUACCAAUUUGCCGUAUCCAUGGUCCAUGUGCAGCGGUGUUUUAAAUUACAGUGAUACCGAUCCUAACAUUAAUAUGCUUCCAAUUCUCAAACGGAUUGUUCAAAACCAUAUUCCAGUAUGGGUUUUCAGUGGAGACCAAGAUUCUGUUGUGCCAUUACUUGGUUCUAGAACACUCAUCCGUGAACUAGCGCACGACCUGAAGUUCAAGAUUACAGUCCCAUAUGGUGCUUGGUUCCACAAAGGCCAGGUUGGAGGUUGGGUAACCGAGUACGGAAAUUUGUUAACUUUCGCCACCGUAAGAGGAGCAGCGCACAUGGUACCAUAUGCACAACCUUCUAGAGCACUGCAUCUAUUCAGUUCCUUUGUGAACGGUAGGAGAUUGCCGAACACAACUCGUCCGUCAGUUGGUGGAUGAAUUAUAUUUGAAUAACAAAUGGGAUGAUGAAUCUGUAAACUAUAAAUAACAUUUGAAAAUAGCAGAUUCUAUAGUCCAAUUGAUUCUUACAUGAUAUAACAUUUGAAAAAGGAAUUUAUUAAGAAGUGUUUCUUUUUAGGCCAUUUAGCAAAUUGUAUGGAAAAGAAAUUCAUAAAGGGAAGUGGGACAAGAAAUUAUUCCAUUCUUUUUCAUUUUUUA